AUGGGGGGAGAAUUUCCCAGACCUGUGCGAUGGCGUCAGAUACAGUGUCACAGCCUCAGUGUGGACUUCGUCGAGGACUGUACUGAGAAGGUCGAGCGCGCUACCAACCACAUCUACAAUGCUGGGUGCGAAGAAGAAGAAGGGGAGGACGAAAUCUACGACGGGUCUUCUAACGAGACAUCUGUACAUGAGAGCGAUAUCGACUUCAUUGACGAUGACGAUGACGAUGACGAUGACGAUGGUGAUGAUGAUGAAGAAGAUGGACGCUCGGAUGAAGCCUCUUCAACGUAUGAGCUGGCUUCGUCAUCUCAAAGUGAAUCUAGUGGCUGGUCGACCGACAGUGAGAUUGAUCUUGGCCUACCGAUUGUUGCUGCCGCGUCCGAUGAGCAAGAUAUACAGUUUGCUCGUAGACAAUCUCGCCCCAGACUCACAAAAGCCCUAAAGUCUCUGGCGAUCACCAGCGAUAGCGACGCAAACGAUAUAGACACAUCAAAGAAUUUGUAA